AUGCCUUCCUUCGACCACCACCUCCGCCCCCGCCAAGCCUUCGAACCAUCCUGCCUCAGCGGGGGCAUCUGGUACUCGUGCGGCGCCGGCUCGCGCUUCGUGGGCUGCUGCACGAGCGACCCAUGCAACAGCCGCGGCUGCUCCGACGGCAACCUGCGCCCCGCCAGCUUCAACGCCAGCGCCUACAGCGACUUCCCCGACGCCGAGUGCGACUCGGGCCGCUUCUGGACCUGCGCCACCACCGACCCGCCGUUCCUGGGAUGCUGCAAGGUCAACGCCUGCCAGGCCGAAGGCAACGCCGGCUGCCCGGACGAGGACCUGACCGCCGCCCACCUGCCCGACAACGACGCCCUAGCCAGCGCCUACAGCCCGACCGGCGGGCCGAGCUCGACGGCGACGGCGACGGCCAGUGCUUCGGCCACGGCCGCGCCUGAUGAUUCCGGGUCGACGCCUACCGCGGGCAUCGUUGGCGGUGUGAUUGGCGCCGUCGUCGUGCUGCUCGUCGUCGUCAUCGGUGCCCUGCUCCGGCGGAGAAGGAGCAAGAAGAACAAGGAAGCUGCUUCCGCCGCCGCCGCCAUGGACGGAGACCAUGGACGAUCGGUAUCCGAGCUCGCCGGCGGGGACGUUGGAUCACACGGCAAAGGCUCCCCCGGCACCGCCCACCCACCCCGCUACUCCUCCCUCGGCCACCACCAGCAAUACGCCAUGGAACUCGACGGCUUCCCCCGCAAAUCGCCCCACGACCAACGCACCCCUUCGGAGCUGGGCGCCGGCGAGACGGCGCCGCACGCCGAACUCCCCGGCGACGACGCGAGUACCGUGAUGAUGCACGAGCUGGAGGGCUCGUCGCCCGCCAUGACGGGCACGACGGCGGCGUCCACGACACCCAAGUCGACGACGACGUCGGGGUCCGGAUCGGGGAAGAAGGGGGGAGCGGCGGCGCACAGUCGCGGAAGUAGUUGGAGUUCGUUUAAUGAGAGGAGGGCGGCGAGGAGGGCGAGUGGGGGGAGUGGCGGUGGUGGUAGUACUGGAACGGGGCCGAGGGGGUUGGCGAUUGUGGGGUUGCAUCCGCAUUCGCAUGUGCGGGGCGGGUCGAAUGGGAGUAAUGAUGGUGGUGGUGGCAGGGCGAGUCCGCGGUCGCCGAGUUUUGCGGGAGGUGGUGGAGGCGGCGCCGCGGACGAUGGGGGGUCUGAGUCGGGCGUCAGUUCGCUGCCGAGCACGCCGCGGAGCGGGUAUACCAAUGCGUAUGGCCCCGGCGCGGGGACCUCGGGGGCGUAUUCGGAUGUGAGCAGGCUGAGUCCGACGUAUCCGCCGCCGAUAAGGGAGGAGGGGGGAGGGGGGGCUGGGGGGAGGUAUAGGGAUGACGACGACGACGAGGAUGAUGAUGAGGACGAUCUUCACGAGGGUUAUGGGAAUGGCAGGAGAUGA